AUGACAAUUCGGAGUUGUAUCGCAGUGUUCAAUGCCGAAACAUUAAGAGAUGCCAUCUUGACCGAGCUGGAUAAAUUGAUCAACGCUUUCAGCUUAUUCAAGUCUUCUGUCGCUGAUCAACUCGAGCGCGACCAGAACGUCGACUUGAAACAGUUUGUCGAGUCGGUUGAUCAGAUCAUAACAACGAUCAACUCUUUUCUUAGUUCAGACCAAUCAGAGCUGGUUCAAGCCAAAUUGGACGAAACUUAUGAACAGUGCAAACUGACGGCGGAAUCCUCAGAACUGGAUACCCCAACGGAUCUAUCCCGCGAAGCGGAUGGGGAUGCUCAUUCUUCGUUGAUAAAAUCGGAAUAAUCGGAACUCAUCGAGUGGACGGACGAGACAUUAGCGUUGCCGUUGCACGAACGAAGUGUGAUCUGUUUGCGGCAGGCCAUGAUCACAUUUGACAAAGUGGUUCGGCGUUCUGCGGCUCAACGUUUCCUGUACUACCCGCCGGAAUGGGCUUCCGCUUGA